AUGAAUAAUACUGAAGUCAUCACAAAUACGUUUAGGUUGUUAGAUAUUAGUGACAAGAAACAAGAUUUUUUUUGUGGAGGAAAUACCAAAAAAAGUUUUAAUCAUGAAGAAAAGUCACCACUCUUAAGAAAUUCUUUUUCGGAAAUAAUAAAUUUAAACUCACCUGUUGGCACCACAAUUUCUGCCCUUAAAUUAGCUGAUGAGUUUGAAACGAGCAAAAGUAAUAUAAAAUUGAACAUUAAUGCAAGUAAUAUAAUAAGUGACCCUAAUGAUGGUGAAAAAAUAAGUCCCUUGCAGACCUCUACGCCCACAAAUAGCAUCAUGCACAAUUCACAAAGGGAAAAUUCGUGUCUUUUGCCAAAUUCUAUAUGUGUAGUGAACGAAGCAAAAAAAAAGGACUCCUAUAGCAUGCCAGAUAAAAUGCAUUACAAUGCUCAAGUGCACGGAACUAGCAGAAAGGUCGAAUACAACAGUAGUUAUUCAAAAAAACAUUCCACAUUACUGGUUUCAUCAUACUCAAUAUCGGAAUCUAAAGAUUCAAAUGUUUUAACUAAUGCUUGUCCCGAUGUAAUUACGAAAAUAAAUUGCCUAGAGCCCGGCGCAUCAUCGCUGUUAAAUUCUUGUAAACAUGUUGAAUCUGAAGAAGAUAAGAACUCCAGCCCACGCGUCUCAAAUCAAAUCCAAAGUAAGUUAGAAUCAUGUGCUUCAUGCUAUCGUACGUGCCCAUUAAAAAAAAAUUGCUGUAGUGCUAAGUCUAAAGCAGUUAGUUACGAUACUGGUUUUGGAAAUCAAAAUAAUUUGAAUGGAACUUAUGGCAGCGAUAUGGGAAAGAAUAAACUUUUAGAUAAUAAUGAUUUUGAUUGGAACCAGAUAUUGGUCGAAGACUUGAAAAUGAUGGAAGAUAUAGAAAAUCUUUUUCAAAUUGGCAAAAAUGAAAUCCCUAAAGCAGAUAAUUCAUUAGAAAUAGAAACUUUUUUUGCUAACAAAGAUUUAUGUGCACUAUCCACUUGUGUUACUAACAGCUUGGUUAGUAAUGAAGCAAAAUCAGGAGGCAAAAUCAGUGAUACCAGUAGUUCCCAAGAAGAUUACACUGAAAUUGAAAAGGAUUGGACGGCUUCUAGCAGUGGAAAUCACAAUGAUCGAACUGCAUUAUCUCCACCAAAUGGGCAUUUUGAUAUUCUCGAAAAAUUCACAGCUGGUUUAAAACACUUGGCAUCAGCUUCGCCUUUUAAUACUGAUAACAAUUCAAAUCAAAGUAGUACCGAUAACAAAUCAGAUGGAAAUGAAAAUGAAAAAGUUAAUAAUCACAUAAAUUAUAAGGAAAGUCAUUUCCAAAAAAUUAAAAGAACUAGUACAGUUAGGUUGGGUAACUUUGUCCUGAAGUUUGGUGAAACUUUGAAAGAUGAGAAAGAAAACAAUAUAAAAAACAAAAAAGAUAACUGUAAUCCUGAAGAUUCAUAUUCAACUAAAUCUGUGUUCCAUUCCAUUAGGUUAAAGAAGGUAAUUUCUUUAAAUUUUAAAAAGAGUAAAUCAUGCAGGAGGGAUUCAGUGGGUGAUAAAUGUAUUAGUACUGCAUUUCUGAAAAUUGAAGAAUUUGGACCAAAGGUUGCAGAUUUUCAAAACCAUGGUAAAAAACAUAGUGAUGAUAUUUUAAUAGAACCCGUCUACAAUAUUCCCAAAAAUAAAAGCACGGUGAAUAAAUAUUAUAAAACUUCUAUGGUACCUAGUAGUUUAGAGACUAAAAAACUAAAACCUUCAAAUAUGUCAUUGGCUGAAAACUCAACCAAAGAUACGGUAAAAAAAAUUGCUGUAGCAUAUGCCCUAAAGGUGAAAAAUCUCUACAAAAAGGGAGACCUUGACGAUACUAUUCAUGAAAGUGAUGGAAAAUAA